GAAAUACGUGAUUUUUUUUUUAUAUUCGCUCUUCGCGCAAAUAAAACGCUGCCAAAAAAAAGGGCAGUGCGAAAAUUGAAAGUAGUCAGCAUUUUUAAAAGAAUUUAAUGAAAAAUCAUUAGUGUAUAAAUUAAAAUUAUAUAUAAAUUAAAUACUAAAAUGGAAGCUCUCAUUCCCGUUAUAAAUAAAUUACAAGAUGUUUUUAAUACCAUCGGAUCGGACUCAAUACAAUUGCCACAAAUUGUUGUUCUCGGUAGUCAAAGUUCUGGAAAAAGUUCAGUAAUAGAAAGCUUAGUAGGUCGCUCCUUUCUUCCACGAGGUACUGGCAUUGUCACACGACGUCCCUUAAUUUUACAAUUAAUUCAUUGUCCCCUAGAAGAUCGGGAGCAUCGUUCAGCUGAAAAUGGUACCGCAAAUACAGAAGAAUGGGGUAAAUUUUUACAUACGAAAAAGACAUUUACCGACUUUAAUCAGAUACGACAAGAAAUUGAAGAGGAAACUGAUCGAGCAGCUGGAAGUAAUAAAGGCAUUUGUCCAGAGCCUAUAAAUUUAAAAAUAUUUUCCACACGUGUAGUAAAUUUAACACUAAUCGAUUUACCUGGUAUCACCAAGGUACCAGUUGGUGAUCAACCCGAAGAUAUAGAAGCGCAAAUCAAAACAUUAGUACAUAAAUACAUAGAAAAUCCUAAUUCAAUUAUAUUGGCUGUAACUGCAGCCAACACAGAUAUGGCCACUAGUGAGGCUUUGAAACUAGCCAAAGAUGUUGAUAUUGAUGGUAGGCGAACAUUAGCUGUUGUCACAAAAUUAGAUCUCAUGGACGCGGGUACAGAUGCCAUCGACAUUUUAUGUGGGCGUGUCAUACCCGUAAAAUUGGGCAUAAUCGGUGUAAUGAAUCGAUCUCAACAGGAUAUUAUUGAUAAGAAAGAUAUUAAAGACCAACUUAAAGAUGAGGCUGCAUUUCUGCAACGGAAAUAUCCUACACUAGCCACACGAAACGGCACACCAUACUUAGCUAAAACUUUAAAUAGGCUAUUAAUGCAUCAUAUCCGUGAUUGUUUACCAGAUUUAAAGACUCGAGUUAACGUCAUGUCAUCUCAAUUUCAAUCACUUUUGCAUUCAUACGGCGAUGAUGUUUCUGACAAAAGUCAAACGCUGUUACAAAUUAUAACAAAGUUCGCCAGUGCCUAUUGUUCGACAAUAGAGGGCACUGCUAGAAAUAUAGAGACAACUGAACUUUGUGGAGGCGCACGUAUAUGUUACAUUUUUCAUGAAACUUUCGGACGUACACUAGAUUCUAUACAUCCUCUAUCGGGCUUAACUAAAAUGGAUAUUUUAACAGCUAUACGCAAUGCCACUGGUCCUCGGCCCGCUCUCUUCGUGCCAGAAGUUUCUUUUGAAUUACUUGUCAAACGGCAAAUACGAAGAUUAGAGGAACCAUCGUUACGCUGUGUUGAGCUUAUACACGAGGAGAUGCAACGUAUAGUACAGCAUUGUGGUAAUGAAGUACAGCAAGAAAUGUUACGUUUUCCAAAAUUGCAUGAAAAGAUCAUUGACGUAGUUACACAACUUUUGCGUCGUCGUCUGCCUGCAACUAAUGUUAUGGUUGAAAAUUUAGUUGCUAUUGAAUUAGCAUAUAUAAACACUAAGCAUCCGGAUUUUCAUAAAGAUGCCGCUUUGGUACCAAGCCUUCUGAAAACUGAUAAUAUUAUUGAUCCUUUUGGAAUGUCACGCAAAUCUAACACUCCACGAGCUUCUAAUUCAUCGCCGCAAGUUUCGACACAAAGCUUAAAUAUACAACACCAACAACAGCAGCAGCAACAACAACAACAACACAAUGACCAUGAACAAAAUCACAUUUCCGAAUCAUCAUCACAUACAAGUAAUUGGUUAGCCAAUAUAUUACCACCAGCACCAAUGCGUCCCGAAAGCAUUGACAGUUCAACCAAUAAUACACCUAUACACACUAUUGUUAGUCCAGUAAAACCUGUAAACUUAUUACCGGAUGUACCGGCACAUCACAAUUCGAGACGUUUAACAGAUAAGGAACAGAAGGACUGUGAUGUUAUUGAACGUUUAAUCAAAUCAUACUUUUACAUUGUACGCAAAUCCAUACAAGAUUCAGUACCAAAGGCUAUCAUGCAUUUCUUAGUUAACUACGUUAAGGAUAAUUUACAAAGCGAACUUGUUACACAUUUGUAUAAAUCAGAAAAGGCCGAAACUCUACUUAAUGAAUCCGAUCACAUAGCGGUGCGCAGAAAAGAAGCUGCCGAUAUGUUAAAAGCACUUACAAGAGCAAAUCACAUCAUUAGCGAGAUACGUGAAACUCACAUGUGGUGAAGACAGAAUAAUCAUUAACCGCCUUUGAUUUGUAUUAAGCAUAUUGGAAUUUUGUAUUUAUUAUUUGCCUAUUAAAAUCAACUCCCAACAGCAACAAAAUAUUUAUAUUUUAUAUUAGAU